UUCUUGCAGCGCGCGUUCCCAUCCAACUCGCGCUUGCACCCAAAACACCGCGAGUUCAGUCUUCACCAAGCAGCUCAAUUGCAAAGACGCACCUUGAUGGUGCUUUAGUGAUCAAUUUUUUUUACAAGUGCGCAGAGUGGCUGGAAGUUUAUCUCUUCUCAUACAUUUUAAACACAUUGUUUGCUCCAAAUUACAAAGUGAUUAGGAUUUUCUUGAGGAUAAGCCUCGAAGAGAUUUCAGGAGGAUUUUACAGUGCCAAGUCAGUGUAGAAAGAAACUGUUUUUUUCUUAGGGAAAAUGCAUUUGCAGCUCCACAUAGUGCUGAUGAUGCCAAUUCUGGCAUUGGCCCUUGAAUCACCAAUAAUGAAGGGCGAGCUAGUCUUCAGCAAGUGGCCAAAGUCCCCAAUGAUCCCACUCAAAGCCAUGAUGAUUAAAGUACGAGGUCCAGCAAAACUUCCCUCCCAGAUUAUUCUCACAAAGAUCCAAUCGCGGCCCUCAAGACCAAUUCAGAAAAUCAUCCUCCCAUCGUACACGCAACUCAUGAAGCCAUCGUCGUAUGGUCUGAGGCCACCCUACCCGGGUUAUACUCACAUGAAGCCCAUUAUGUUCCACACAUCACCACCGGGGCCAAAUAGUGGGGAAUAUGUGUAUGAGGAUCCCUUCCAGCCACCAACGACCAUCAUGAGUCAAGCUGGUGGACCAAUUCAUACAGUUCCAGCGCCCAAUCUUGCUCCCCUUGGAGCUCUAACGCCCGUUGUGCCCAUACAGAGCAAUCAUAUUUAUGAAACUCCCACGCCAACAAUGAGCCCCUAUUACGCACCACCAAGGCCCGUGAGCGUUAAACCCUACCAGGUGACAGAGGAGCCAACCAACGAUCUUACACUCCGUAAUCCAUAUUCGGGCAAGCAAACUUACUACGCGCCCGACCCUGAUCCAAGGUUGCCCGUGGCGAAAAUCCCCAUUGAGACGAAUCGCUACUCGCAGCCAACAAAUGGAAAAACCCUCCCACGCGACGUUGCGGCAUACACGCACCUGCCCAAGCACUCUGAGCACACAAACCCCUCCGCGGCCACACAGCACAUUUUGCAGUACGUGAAGUUGGGCACUCGCCCAAUUUUUCCGUAUAUGCAGAAGCACGUUGCCGAACAAAUGACAAUGCUACAUGGAAUGCCUGAUUCCGUAUACAAUCCCACCUAUCUCGUCACACAGUCCAAUAAUCUCCUGCAGCAGCACCAGCAGCACCUGUUCCGGCCCGAUCCUGGCUUCCUCAGCACGUACCAGCAGCAGCAGCAACGGCCACAGACACACAUCACACAGAAUACGGUGCCAGAGAGUUACCAAAACGCCGCGAGUCCUGGACAAAUCUAUGCUGCCCAGCACGAUCAGCUUCAGCAUCAGCACGAUCAGUACCAUGAGCAUCAAUACCAAACGCAACAUGAUUCAUACCAACCGCAGCACAAUCAGUACCAGCAUGACCAAUUCCAGCCACAACAGAAUCACCUAACAACGCAGGAUGAUACCGCAGCGGCGUACAAGCAACUCCUAGAUCAAGCAACGCAAUACUACCAAUCUGGAUCAUACCUUAACUUCCAACGAUCACCUUCAUCAACGAGAGCUCCCUACGUGGCAGAAUCUUCACCCACACCCUCCUUCUUUUACUCCCCCGAUUUGGCUGCAAAGCAUCAAGAGGAGAAUGCAAGGAUACUGCAACAGGCAAAUGAGGAGCUUAUAACAAAAGGCUACUCGACCUUUCACGAUGAACCCGAAGCUUCAUUUACACAUCAGCAGCCAGUCAUAAAGGAGUCCAUUGAUACCGAUAAGACCAUGAGAAUUUAUGUGCCUGACGACGAAUUCACGACCGAAUCACAACAGGUCAGCUUCCAGUACCGCUCAGAUGAUACAUCAGCAACCAAAGACACGAAAACAGACGCCGCCCGGGAGACAUAGAACCUGGCUAGGAGAAUUUUAUCCUCCUAUUUGAUAGUAUUAGUGCAAUCCACUCAUAGAAUAAUUAAGGACUUCAUCUCCUCCAAAUGUAAAAAGGUCUCACCCUCUGCCCCUUGCCCCUGUUUGAUCCCCAAAAUAAGUGUUCCUCCUGUUAAAUAUUUUUUUGUUAUUUAUUGUAAGACCGUGGUGUUUUCUUCGUGGUAAAGAAAAAAGAACAUCAACAAAACGAUCACAAAAAAUCCUCUAUAUACCUUUGUUUUAUCCACACACGCGGUGGUUUCGCGGAUUUACAAAAAAAACUCAAUCGUUAUGAAAACAUUCCCGAAAACUGUCCGAUUCUCUAUAUGCUCCAUGGCUAAAGGGCCAUGAGAGAUGUGAAAUAAUUUGUGAGAGAAAAUAAAGUUAUGAGAGCUAUACAAAAGAAAAAAAA